CCAUGUCAAAAAAAAACCUAUGUAAGCUCGUAAACACAUCACACCAAGAUUCUUGGAGAUAUAUAUUAAAUAAAAACAUUCACUAUUGUAAACGGCAGCGAUGGUGGAUGUUAAGAAGGCGUUAGUGACUGUACUGAUCAGCGUCGUCGUGGUAUUACUCCUCGCCGAUGGCGCCACGGUGGUCCAAGCUUGUCUACCCUCCGAUCGGGCGGCGCUUCUCGAGUUCCGAUCAAAGCUCAACGAGCCUUACAUUGGCGUGUUCAAGACGUGGAAAGGUCAAGACUGCUGCAAAGGAUGGUACGGCGUGAGCUGCGACCCCAAAAGCGGCCGAGUCUCCAGCAUCACCCUCCGCGCAAUAUCGGAGGAGCCGAUUUUCCAGCGGGCGAAACGGAAGGGGUUCAUGACCGGCACCAUCUCGCCGGCGCUGUGUAAACUCACUCACCUCUCCGGCGUUAUCAUCUCCGACUGGGAUGGAAUCUCCGGCGUGAUCCCGAGCUGCGUCACGAAUCUUCUCGCGUUGAGACAUUUAGAUCUCGUCGGGAACAAAAUCUCCGGCGUGAUUCCGGCGAGUAUCGGGAAGCUGGCGAAGCUGAGAGUGUUGAAUCUCGCGGAUAAUAAAAUAUCCGGCGGGAUUCCUCCGUCGAUCACGAGGCUGACGAUGUUGGCGCAUCUGGAUCUCGUGAACAACAAUCUCUCCGGAGUCAUACCGGGAGACAUCGGCCGGUUAAAGAUGCUGAGCCGCCUGCUCUUAACCGGUAACAAACUCUCGGGUCAAAUACCCGAAUCUUUGACCCGGAUCUACCGUCUCGCGGAUCUCGAGCUUGGGAUGAACCGAAUCACCGGUCCGAUCCCGGCUUCUUUGGGGAAAAUGGCGGUGCUCGCGACGCUUAAUCUCGGCGGAAACUUAAUCUCCGGCGCGAUUCCGGGGACGCUGAUGACUUCGUCCAUCGCGGAUUUGAAUUUGAGCGGGAAUCUUCUCGCGGGAAAGAUACCGAACACGUUUGGUCCGAGGUCGUACUUCACGGUGCUGGAUCUUUCGAAUAACCGUCUACAGGGACCGAUUCCGGGGAGUAUCACGACGGCGUCGUUUAUAGGCCACCUCGACGUGAGCCAUAACCAUCUCUGUGGGAAGAUUCCGACAGGAUCUCCUUUCGAUCAUCUGGAAGCGACAUCGUUUACUUAUAAUAGCUGUCUCUGUGGGAAGCCUCUUGGGAAGUGUCGGAAAUAAUUAAUCAAAUCAUUAAGAUGUGAUUUGGGGGUAAUCAAAAGAAGUUUUAUUUUGGAUAUGUUACGUUAAAUGCAUUAUGAUCAUGUUGUAAGUGUAACUAGCCUUUUGUUAGAGGCAAAGCUAUAUAUAUGUAUUUCGAUUUUGUGUUUUUGUUAUUAUUCUUCUUCCUACUA